UCGAUAAGCACGCCAAGGCAAUUUAUCGCUUUCUUUCCAGAAAGUUCGCCAAGCCAAUAAGUUCUACUGUGGAGAGAAACGCAAAUUUCCAGUUAAUUUGGAUUGUUUAAAUCCGAGAAAACGAUGGCAACGGAUGUGGAGCCGGCGGCGAAUACGGCGGACAAGUUCUCCGCCAACGCUGAGGAGCUGGAGGGCUACUAUCUGAUGCUGGAGGCGGGAAAUAUUCCGGAACUGCAGUGGCAAUUUCCGGGACGCAGGGCUCCAUCGCCGGAGGCGGGAUCUGGCGGCAAUAGCAAGGAACUCGAGCAGGCCACCGACGCCAUUGAGCAGGAACCGCAGAAGGCCAACGAUUUUGAUUUCAGCGACGAUGUGGCCCCCACCCAGAUGCGCGUCCGCAGCCAGACGUCCACGCCAAAGUCGGCCAAAAAGAAGACGGCCAACUUCGCCGGCGUCAUGGAGACGCUGAAGAAGAAGAACGCAGAGAGCUCAUAGCACACGCCGAAAUUCUGAUGCUGAUCCGGCCCAGGCAAUCGGCUGCAGAUCGUACUAUAUCGCCAUGCGGACUAGCCUACAAGCAUCAGUCGUCUUACAGCCAUCGAUAGUAGGCGCUGUGAAGCUCUACUGCAAAUCGGAUCAAUGUAAGGAUUUAGAAAGAGUUUGAACUUCAACUCACUUAAGAUUUAAAUUAGGAUUAGAUUUAGUUAGCAUUUAGAGAGGAAGUUUCAACUUCAAAAAAUGGGCUUACCUAUGACCUCUAUUAGUUAGUAUCUAAAGAGGAAGCUUAUACCUCAAAUCAAAGGCGUGUAAUUACUUAAAUAACCAUAUGACUAGCUUUUAGCUGAGAACUUUGCCAACCUCAGACAUACAUGUAACUUGCUUUUAAGGUUGUUAACUGCCAUUGCAUUGGUCAGUUCUUCAUUUUAGACUAAGAACUUGUAAUUGAGAAGAUAGCCUAGAACUAAUCAACUUAUGUUUAAGCAGAGGGAUGUGUAUCUGAUCCUUAAUUAGCACUUAGGAAAUUUACGUUCUAAAUGAUAAUUAUCCUUAUUUGAUCUAUUAUGACAAUAUUCUUGAUAGUAUUGUCCGAAACCGACGUUUGAAGACUAGAAUAUAGGAAAGAACGGAUGUAAAUUUAAAUCCAAGUCGGGUAAAGCGGAAACCUAGAUAGGCAACUGGAAAUCAGUCAACUUCUGUACAUACAAGAACUGAAUUUCACAAAUAGCUGUUAAAACUAGAAUAUAGAAUAUAGUAUAAAACAGAUGUAAAUUUAAAUUUAAGACGAGUAAAGCAACUGGAGAUCAGUCAACUUCUGUA